AUUAUCGGUCCAGAUCGCCUCCGCGCCGCUACGACUGGGCCCUGAUGGAACCGUGGGCGAGUGAUGAGGAUAUAUAGGGGCAGUACGGAGCCGCUGUCUUGCUUGCGCCAGCUAGCGCCACAUUGACAUACUAGCGUUAUCCCAGCCUCCUAGGCCUCCUCCUCCACAAAAAAGUGCCCUUGCUCGCUGUAAAGCGCCACAGAACACGCUCCGGGUCGCGCAUCGCUUCAAAGAUAUAGCUGACCCUCACGCCAGGUGCUGUGCGCGGUCAAACAACCCCUCGCUGUCGCCUCGCUGUCGCCUCACAUCCAGAACGCCGUCGCCCGCGAGCAAUAGCUGAGCGGUCGCCGCAUCUUUCAAUCUCCUUCGCUGUCGCCUCAGAAUCACGCCAGAACCACAAAAUGGCCGCCCGCACCGUCGUCAUCGCCUCGACGGCACGAACGGGCCUGGCCAAGUCCUUUCGAGGCGGCUUCAACAAGACGCACGGCGCGGCGAUGCUCGGGCAUGCCAUCGAGCACGCGGUCCAAAGAGCGAAAAUCGAGCCGGGCGAAGUAGAUGAUGUGAUCGCGGGCUGCGGGUUCGGGGAAGGCGCGACGGGGAUGAACAUCGGUCGGAAUGCUGCUUUGUGGGCGGGGUUACCGGCUUCCACGUCGGGCGCGACCAUCAACCGCUUCUGCGCGUCGGGUUUGCAGGCCGUCGCCUCCGCGGCAGGACAUGUGGCCUCGGGCUUCGCCGAUGUUGCGAUAGGCGCCGGCGUCGAGUCGAUCAGCAUGGUCCAGCCGGUUGUCGCGAAGACGACCGUGCCCGAGAAACGACUGUUAAAAACGUUUCCAGCUCUAUGGAUGCCCAUGAUCGAGACGGCGGAUAUCCUCGCGAAGAGGUAUGAUGUCUCCAGAGAAGACUGCGACGCGUAUGCCUUAGAAUGUCAGAAACGAACCGCCCAUGCCCAGUCGUCCGGUUAUUAUGAGCAUGAAAUAGUGCCGAUGGACACGAUUAUGACCGUCAAGGACAAAGAAAAAGGUACCAGUGAGGAUAUCAAAUAUACAGUAUCUAAAGACGAGUGCAACCGGCCCUCGACGACCCUAGAAUCGCUGCAAGGCUUGCAACCGGUCCGCCACGAAGAUGAUCCACACGCGACCGUGACGGCGGGCAACGCGUCGCAGUUGUCAGAUGGCGCGGCGGCGUGUGUGGUCAUGGACGGGGAUUUGGCUUCGAAACGAGGUGUAUCUCCUCUAGGAAUCUUCAAGGGCUACGCCGUGGCCGGCUGCGCGCCCGACGAGAUGGGUAUUGGGCCGGUCCACGCCGUGCCCAAGCUACUGAGUCGUUCAGGUUUGACUGUGGACGACAUCGAUUUGUGGGAGAUCAAUGAAGCGUUCGCCUGCGUGCCGCUGUACGCGAUGCGCGAGUUAGGGAUAGAUCCACAAAAAGCGAAUGUGAACGGCGGGAGCAUCGCCAUCGGCCACCCCUUCGGGAUGACGGGCGCGCGGCAGGUCGGUCAUAUACUAUUGGAGGGGCAGCGGCGGAAGGCGAAGCACGUCGUUGUAUUGUUUCAGUGUCCCUACUUCAGUCAUGAAAGCCCGAUGACGCAACCGACCCUUGACGGAAGGAUUAUUAACCCAUUUUUGACCCGACCUAUGUCGAAAGAUGUCUAGGACGUUUCCGAGGGCUUUUCUUUCGCGGUUGCUUUUUGUUUGUUUGUUGUUGUUCGUUGGUUAUCUUUACUUACACAGGUCACGAUGUGCAUCGGCGGGGGCAUGGGCGCCGCCGGCCUCUUCGAGGUCUGUCUGUAGCUUUUCGCGAUGCCAUCGACGCGACGCCUGCUCGACGGCGUGGCGGUGCGGACCGUUCUCUGCGGCGGUCUGCGGCGGCGACGCGUCUAGGCGUGGCGCGGGGCAUGGAUAGUAAUAUUGGUCAAGUUACAGGCCUCGCGUCGACGGCGCCGUCGGGGCUACGUCUACCCCACCAGAACGCCGUCGCAGCGACAGCGCAUCAGUGCGGCCCGUGCGCGCCCUGGAGCCGCGCGAGCGCCUCGGCCUGCGUAGGAACCACACCGUACAAGGACGGUCCAAGAAAGGCCGAACGAAGUUUGAAGCCACCACCGACG